UCGGCGAGCCGCUCCGUGCUGCAGUGCGACCCCGGAGACCCCCGAGCCCUGGCCGAGCUCUGCAGGCUACUGCCCUUCUUCCGGCAGUCCUUGUCCUGCCUGGUGUGCGCUGCAGGCCUUAGCAACCGGCCGUUGCUAAGGAAGCUGCACCGAAAGAAUGAAAAGGCGCUUGUUGAAUGGCGAGGGGGCGGAAUGUAAAGAAACAUCCAGCUGCAACCUGCUGCAGGACCCCAUAGCGCCCACUGACUCGUCGUGUCAGCAUUACGUGUGUCGCGCCUGCAAAGGUCAGAGGAUGCAGCUGAAGCCGUCGUGCAGCUGGUGCAAAGACUACUCCCGCUUCCAGGAGAACCGCCAGCUCUCCUUGCUGGUGCGCUGCUACAGGAAGCUCUGCCUCUACAUCACGCAGUCGCCGCUCGCCCCGCACAUCGCCAGCGCCGCCGACGACUCGCCCGACCUGCAGGCCGUCCUCAGCGAGGGCCUCAAGUUGGCCGAGAGCGAGCACGAGGACGCCUCGGACGCCGAGAGCUCCCCUCAGACUGCCUCCGCGUUGCGGGAGGCCUGGCCCGACCAAGCCCCGCCCCCCAGUGAGGUGAAAGGUGAGGAUGCGAGUCUUAAUGGGCUGCACGAUUGUAACGGGAUGGUCGCCAAGCAGGAGGGCUUUUCGGAGGCACUCCCGGUGUGCGUCGCGGCGGAGGCGGGACUUUGUGACAUCGGCACUUUCGGAGAGGACUUGAAACAUGGCGGGGGUCCGCUGUUGUUGAGCGUGGAGGAGGUGCUUCGGACCUUGGAAACGGACACUGAGCCCACCCAGCAGCUAGAUGACCCUCUUAUACCGCUAUCUAACCUCAAUGGACCUUGCUGCCCUGCUGAGCCCCGCCCCUUACCCCUAGAGAGCAUCCGCCACCCCCUCCAGACCUCCACCGUCGCCCCACCGCGCUGCCACCGCAAACGUUCCCGCUCUGAGAGCGACAGUGAGAAGGUGCAGCCCCUCUCCAUUUCCAGCCUCCUCCAGGCGCCCUCCCCCAACAGCGCCCCCCUUUACCUCACCCUGGGCACCCCCACCAGACCGGAGCCCAGGUUCCACGCUGCCGCGCCACACCACCUGGCGCCGGUGCCUAACGGCGGCUCCCUCAAGACCGGGAAGACGGUGCUGGUGAAGCCGCUGAAAAAGACGGCCGAGCACCACGGCGGCGCCAAGAAGGCUCACGCCAAGGCCCGGCAAGGUGCCCCCAAACCCCGGUCACAGCCUCGGGUACCGCCCCACCCCCACGCUCACCCCCCCACACACCCGCCCAGCCCCUCCAAGCCGCUGUAUAAGAAGCCUGUGGAGAAAAAGGGCUGCAAGUGCGGGCGAGCCACCCAGAACCCGUCAGUGCUGACCUGCAGGGGGCAGCGUUGUCCUUGCUACUCCAACCGCAAGGCGUGUCAGGACUGCAUCUGCCGUGGCUGCCAGAACUCCUACAUGGCCAACGGUGAGAAGAAGCUGGAGGCCUUCGCCGUGCCUGAGAAGGCCUUGGAGCAGACGCGCCUCACGCUGGGCAUCAACCUCACCAGUAUCGCCGCCGCCGCCCUGCGCGGUCCGGCCGGCGGCUCGCCCGGCAACACCAUCCUCAACGUGAGCACUGCCACAGGAGCGCCCGUCCCCGCCGCCUUCCUGUCGGGGGCGGGGCAUGACAGCCGGGGGUUUGACGACUCACUGGACAUGCGCUUUGACUGCUGAGGCGGUCCUGAGCGUCAUCAUCACCACCACGGAGUCAUUUCUUGAACUUUUUCUACAUGACUUCAUCAGGAACAUUUUAUGAUCUAUUUUUUACAAGAUGGGAAAAAUUAAACAGACCAGCUUUUGACGUUAAAAGAAGUGACUCCGGCAGCUCCCUGUGACCUUUAACCCCUCAUGCACACGUCAACUUGCUGCUAAAGACCAGAAGAGACUCACUAGUUUGUUGUAUUAAGUACAUCCGCCACACUUGACUAUUUAUUGGAGCAACGUUGCGGUCGUGUCUUAGCGUUAGCUUGUGUCUCCCCCCCCCCUCCAGGGGCAUUUACAUGUCAUAUAACUUUCAUGUUUCCACAAAAAGGAAGAAAAAUCAAACCGUUCAAAAAAGUUUGCCUGUGGGCUUUUUUUCCCCCUCAAGCUGCAGUUCUUCAAGUGGGCACAAGAUGGCAGCACAGCACGUGUUGUACAACAGGAUAGGGAACAUUUAUUGCACACAUUUACAGAUGACACUUAUUUACAUUCACAUUUCAUUUACAACUUGACCCAUUACAAUUUAACAUGUUUCCUUUUAACCCCGUGUUCAAAGCCGGAAGCUGUUUUGUUUUAAAAUGCUACAACGCUGCAUUCAUGACCGUGGGACGUUUUAAUGGCGGGACCAUAAAGCUACAGUUUCAUGUGAGCUGUUACAAAUUAAUGUUUACAUCAUUUAUAGCCAGUGUUUGAUAAAAAAAAAGCUAAAUAUUGACAUAUUUGCAUCGAUUGAUGAGGCAACUUCAGGGUCUGAGAAAAGAUUUGUAGGAAUUGCAAAACGUACGUUAGUAAGCAAAGUGUAACUUUAUUUCAAGAUGUCAACCUGCUUCAUUAGCGUGGAGCAGGCAUUUAGUUAUUUCACGGUCCAAGGCACCUUCUAAAAAUACUUUUUACAAAACAAAGUGGAAUAAAAGAUCAAACCAGUGAAAUGUAAGCAGAAAAGGUUGCGAUAUUGAAUCUAAUUACACGAAAACAACAAAAUCAAUGUUAUUAACGAUUGACUUAUUCAAGGUUCCAAUUACUUCACAUCAACAUUUCCACUUUUAAAUGUUUUGGGGGGGAAAUAUUGCAUAUUUUGUGUU